UGCUCUGAUGCUAUCUUUUUUUAUCGCGUAGCAUUAAACUUAGGGAAAGUUCGUAAACUUCUAAUGUAUUUACAAAAUAAUUUAAGAAGGUGCAUUAUUUAAACUAUGAUAUCAUCACCAAGGCCUGUGAGUAGGACUCUUAAUGGCGGACAAACGGAUUCAGGGAAAAGUAAACAGUGGACCGUUUUCCCACCGGUAUUACUAGCAGCAUGCUAGCCAACUAGCUCUUAGACGGUGUUCUUCCCAACUGCCUGAAUUCAGCUGACCGGCUAACGCCUAUGAUUAACACUGUGCUGGUUUGUUUACUUAAGUUUGAUUUUACUUUUACGCUUUUUUUCUGCGUAUGUUAAGUUAGCUAACAGCCCGAAAUAGUUAAACAGUAAUACAUUACUAGAAAAUAGUGGCUACAUUUGAAAAACUGGCGGCGAAAGAAACUUUAUUGUUAGCUUGCCGGCUAAAUUUGGGGUGCUGAUGUGUUCCUGCGAGAAAGUGGAUUUUAACAUCACCCCCCGCACCGUCUCCCGUCUGGUGAAUGAGGCCGAGCACGAAAAAACCAGUGGGGGCCAUUCGUCCAAUGGGAGCAACAUGAUGUGCAAAUCUCUAGGAUGAGGCAAUUGCAAGACUGCAAUGUAAGCUGUGCUUGUGACAGUGAAAGAAGAAACUCUUUUGAAGGAAGCCUUUUAUAGCAACAGAGAAUCCAGAAGAAGAUGGACUGGCAUCAAGCAAUGUUGGAUGCAUGCAAAAUCGACAUAUCAUGUGCUUUUUAUUUUUUUAUUUUCCUGGAAAAACUUUACUGAACAAUGAUCUACACAAGAGAUGGCAACACUCUUUUUUGCAUAUUAGGAUUUAGUGAUGGUCCCACAGGUUUACACUGUAUUUACGCUGUACCACUGUGAAGGAACCUGGACUGCUAAUAUACAAAAUUUUGCUGAUGAUGUCUGACACCAUCUUUUGAGAUCACCAUGGCUGAGCCCAUUCCCAUUCCAACUUUGAACGUUCUCCCUCCAUCUUCCGAUACGGAGUCGUGGUCCUGCUCCCCAAGCCCCCGGCGACACCGGUACCACUCACGCAGCCGAACCCGGGAGAGGAGGAGAGGCAAGGUGCAGCAAGAAGACAAAUCAGAGAAUCAUUGGGAUAAAGGAAAAGCGACGAGGGAUAGAAGUCAAAGUCCUUUACAUCCAUCUCCAAUGGUCUCCAAUGUAGAAGAGGAAGAGCAGGGCAGCCCGUCUUUGCUUCUCUUACCCCCAUCCCGCUCAUGGUCACGGAGCUCCUCUCUAAGCAGGCGCUCUCGCUGGUCUUUCCGUAGCCUUCUCAACAAGGACUCAGACUGUGACAGCAGCAGUACAGCCAGUAACUCUCCGCGCAGCACUCCCGGUAACUCGCCCUCCCUACGCCGACGUGUGCUGGGAAGCAGAGCCAGCGAAGGGGAGGUGGGCAGAGACCGAAGCAGUGGGGGUUCUGACAGCCCCCUUCCUCCUACCCCCUCCUCCUCUACCUCCUCCUACCCACUCACAGCUCGACAUUUCACCCGCAAUGCCAAGAAAAUGCAAAGCUGGUAUAAUGUACUCAGCCCCACAUACAAACAGAGGAACGAAGACUUCCGCAAACUCUUUAAAAAGCUGCCUGAUACAGAGCGUCUCAUAGUGGACUACUCAUGUGCACUGCAGAAAGACAUACUGCUCCAGGGCCGUCUCUACCUUUCUGAGAACUGGCUCUGCUUCUACAGUAAUAUCUUCCGAUGGGAGACCACGAUAACCAUACUGCUGAAAGAUGUGACAAGUCUGACCAAGGAGAAGACGGCCAAGCUCAUCCCUAACGCCAUCCAGAUAAGCACUGAACAUGAUAAGCACUUCUUCACAUCAUUUGGGGCGAGGGAUCGCAGCUACAUGAUGAUUUUCAGACUAUGGCAAAAUGCAUUGAUGGAUAAGACUCUAUCUCCGAAGGAGCUGUGGCACAUUGUUCACCAGUGUUAUGGCACAGAGCUGGGGCUCACUAGUGAAGAUGAUGACUACGUCUCCCCUACUACUGAACUUAUGAACGGCCUACUUCCGGCUGAGGAGUCGGUCUCCGUCACUGACCUGCUGGAUCUGGGUUCAAUGCCGGGGGCUCCUGUGGGCUGCUCUCCCCCUUCAUCUGCCUCCUUUCUUCCCUGUGCUUCAGGAUCUUCGCCACCAUCUUCCUCAUCCUCUUUCUGUCAGCCUGUGGAAGUGCCGUCUGCUCGGGCCAGUGUAGAACCCGAGCCCAGUCCACCCAUCUACCAAAGCUCAUUGCCCCCCAUCACGCACUCCAUACACACUGGAGCUACCCCAUCCUUAACCAUCGUGGAGGAAGGCAUGGACAUCCGGUCAGAAUCAGCCAAUCAGGCACUUCAGUCCCCUCCCAGUGUCCCACACAGCCUAGGAAACCUCUCCUCAUUGGAUAUGACUAAUGAUGAGGAGCUCCCAACUGACUCCAGCAAUUCAUCAGACACUCAGGAAGAGAGUGAGGUUGAGUCCUUCUGUGCAGACCUCAGCGGCCGAUUGCAUAUCAACACAGUUGUUCGCAUGAGCGUGGAUAAGCUCCAUGACCUUCUGUUCUCAGACACUCACUUCAUACAACACCUCUUCUCCCAACGCCACUUUACCGAUCUGUCUGUACAUGAGUGGCAGCAGGACAGCAGCAGUGGAAGCAGCAGAGUUCUGAGUUACACCAUCGCCAUCAACAACCCGCUGGGCCCAAAAACUGCUCCUGUGGUGGAAACACAGACUCUCCACAAGAACAGCACACGGGGCGAGUGCUAUGUGGUGGACUCGGAGGUCAUAACCUCAGGCAUCCCCUACCAGGACUAUUUCUACACUGUACACAGAUACUGCCUCACCUCUGUCAACAAUUACAAGAGUCGGCUCAGGGUCUCGUCAAAUAUCUGCUACAGGAAGCAGCCGUGGAGUCUUGUGAAAGCUCUGAUAGAGAAGAACACUUGGAGUGGGAUAGAAGAGUAUUACAGACACAUGGAAAUGGAGGUGUGUAAGUUGGAGACGCUGCUACAGACAGAGGUUUCUGUGGUGAGUACUGGGGAAGUGGCUUCCGCAGACUCCGCCAAGACACCCCCGACCUUGCGCAGACGCAAACGCAACUGCCCCCGACGAGCAGGAGACCGGGAGAGAGAGAGGGAGGGUCCCGGAGGAGGAGACGGGGAACGAGGAGACAGAGGAAUUGGUGAGGAGCGCGAAAGGGGAGAAGCGAGUGCUCAGUAUGUAAAAGAGAGGUGGCGUGGAGCCAGCAGUAACAACAGCAUCUCCACCAUACUGCUCAUCGUGAGCUUCAUUCUGGUUGUUCUAGUGGCUCUGAACAUGAUGCUGUUCUACAAACUCUGGGCACUCGAGCGGGCUGCACACACACUGGAGACCUGGCACUCCUACUCUUUAACUGACAGCCCUCUGCCUCAGUCUGCAGGAGAGUGGGCGCAGAUACUGCAGCUCCAGAGGCAGUUCCACCAGUCCCAGAUGAACAAAUGGCAGCAGAUUUUACAGUCUUCUGUCACACUUCUGGAUCAGAUGAAACAGUCUCUAGAGAAGCUUCAUAGAGGAAUGAUCACCCCAGAGGCACAGCAGGAGUCCGAUCCAGCACCAGAAACACUGACGGAUCCGUGAGAUUCCGCCUAGACUCUGUACGGUAACCCCCUCACAGAACUGCUUACAGACGGAGGGGACACAUCUGGGAAGUGAGAUGGUGUUUUCUUCUUUUUCGGUGAUAUUACGUUGGGAGUAUUUUGGGUAUCUCUGGGUUACCCCCUAGCAACAGCUACAUGACUUUCUACUGGCUGUAUAAUAAACACUCAACCAUUCCAUCAGUUUCAACUCCUUGAACUCUAUGGGUCAUAAGCAAUAACACCAAUGAAUGGGAUCAGCCAUACUCAGCAUAUGGAGAACAUCUGUGACUUUCAGCUGUGCUGCAUCUUGAGCCAUUCUGGCCCAUUCUGCAUGUCUGAGAAAGCUGAAUGUGAGCUUUUAACAGACCGCAAACUCAUCAUGGACUCAUUUUACAGAAGUGCUGAGCACAGUUUGGGAGAGAUGCUUCAAAGAUGGACCUUUCAAAGAGGGAAGGUGGUUUGUGGUGGACACUGCUCUCCUAUCUUCUGGAGGACAUCAGCCUCCAAUCUAGGUUAAUCUGUUCACCUGUCAGAAUAAACAGGUCAUUUUUUUUUUUUUUUUUUUCAUGGAAGAGACACUUUCCGUUUUGUUUAGUUUUUUUGGCUGAUUAUUGAAAAUUGGCCAGAAUGGGGUAAGAAAGUGUGUCAGUAUUUAUUUAAUAGACUUGAAUUACAGUUUACACUGCAGGAAAAAAAAAAAAAAAUUUUCUUAUAGUAGGUUUGUUUUUUGUUUUUGUUUUGUUUUUCUCCCCCCAGUAAAAUAUCUAAACAUCCUUAAAACAAGAUAUAUUUAAGUAGCAAUUUUGCAUUACAAGACUUAUUGGCAAAUUGUUUUCCUUUUUUUAAAGCAUAAAUCUAAAACACUCUAGGGGUUAAAAACAAAAAUUAGGUUUAUGCCAAACAAUAAAAACUAUUUGCAAAUAGGGUAAAAUAACUUAAUUCAAGAAAUAUGCUCUGAAAAGAAAUGUUAUCUUACAUGAUUUUGUUUUAGAUAUUUUUACUGGAAACGAGAUGAAACUCUGAUUAAGAAAAGCACUUUGUGUUGCAGUGUAAUGUCCUUAAAUCAUUGUGUUUCUGCUCGUGUUGUCUUUGAACACGGACCAAUGUAGAAAUGGGUGAAAUGAGUAUUAAGAAUUCCCGUUUUAGCAAUAAUCAUGGGGAAAAAUUGUAAAGACAGUUAGAAUUUAAUCAGCAAGACAGAAUGCAAAAAUAAUAAUAAUAAGAAGAAGAAAUGUAAAACAUGCAACUGUUACUUAGGAUAGAGUAUCAGAGUGAUGCUUGUUUUUACACACCCGAACACUUUUUUUUUAAUUAGUUUUGUUUUUAAAUCCCUUUGUAUUUAUGACAUGGGGUGAGUGGAGCUAUUGUGUGUGGUUGUGUAAAUUGUCUGGAAACUCAUUGAGUUUUACUGGAAUCAAACUUGAACUUUUCAGGGUUACUGUAAGCUCGACCAGUACACACAGAUUCGAGAACUUCAGCCAUUCCUGCGGCUGUUCGUUUAGGACCAACCAGAAUUCAAGACCAGGAGGAACUAAAGGAGAUCUGCAGGCAGUAUUGUGAUGUAUUUGACAUUUGGGUGAAUCUUGCAAAGAAUAUGUCCAGAGUCAUAUUUCACCCCAAGUGUAUUUUGCAUAAAGAAAAUUAAGCCUAUUUUUGGAACCAAUAAGUAUUUUUAAAUUGUGUAAUUUAUUAUUAAGACAGUUAAAUUAAUUUACCCCACAAAUUCUGUUACUGUAAUGCAAUUUGGGGGGGGGGAGUACAUUCCUGUUACUAUGCGUGUGUGGAUGUUUUACUUGUCAUUUUGUAUGAAAUUCUUAAUAUUCUUAAUGAUGAUUCUCAUUUCUGCAAUACAUCUUGUCUGGAUACAAUGAUUUUUAAAAUAUAAUCAUAAAUGUUGUAUAAAUAUUUUGUAACUAAUAAUAUUUGUAUAGGUUUAAAUAAUCAUUUUUGCAUUUCAACAAUGAGAAUACAUUUUCUUACAUUACAGUAAUGAGAAUUGGGGGAAAUGUGCUUAAUUGUUACAACAGUGAGCAUUUUUACAUGCAAACCAAUACUACCAUAAAUCAACUGAUUUAAAAAAAUCUGUUAACGCAAGAAAACAGUGUUUAUAUGAGACUUGAAAUCAUCGGAUUCUUCUCUGGUUCUGAUUUUCAUGUGUAAACGCUUGCGCACAACACUUGAUCACAUUGUAAAUCGCCAGUAAAGGUGUUUACAUGCAGAACGAAAUAAUCGGCAAUUGGCAAAAAUCUGUGCCAAUUGGUAGAUCGGUAGAUUAAAACAUUGAAAAAGUAAUAACAUUACUAAUUACUGUUGUUACUUUAUAAAAUAUUUUCACAGAAUUUUUUUUUUUCAACAAAUUCAAAAUUGUCUAUAUUUCCUCCGUGUUUAUUGUAAGUAUACGCUUAUGCACCACAUGUCUGACUCGUUAGGGGACAAACGCCUUUAAGAGGCCAAAGAAAUCUAAACAAAUGUACUUAAUUCAUGUUUUAAAUGUAUUCUACAUAAAUUAUAUUUCAGAUAUACACGUGUAACCCGAAAUAAUGUAAUUAACAGAAUUUAAAUUUAGUAAUUAUAAUCUGAAUACAAGAUUUUUAAAUGUAAUGUGCUACACUACUUUCUUAAAAGGCCCGAACACUCUGCAAAACAUCUUAUUGGCUUAAUUUUCUUCAUGCAAAAUAUUAUUUUUCUUUUGAUUUUUGGAUGAAAUAUGACCCAGACAUGUUUUAGACAGGCUUCAUGAGAUUCACCCAGAGGCUUUGGGUUCAUUUUUGUGUCUUAUGUUCUCGUUUGAUUUGGACAGUCUGAUUCUGUCAUCCCCAAUACACCUAUUUCUCCAUUUGUUGUCUCAGUCUGUCCUGCCCUUCAGCCUCAGUGAUCUCUCCCUCCUCUGAGUGUGUUAUCAGAGUGCUAUCUGUCUGUCUGUGGGCAUUGCUGUGCAAAGCCCUUGCUGAGUGAUGAAAGUGUGUGCUAUUUAUUCGGGUCAGGGAGGGAGAGAACGAAGGUGGGAUGUAUAGACAUGAUUGUAAAGAUGACAGUCAAAAAAUAUAAAAUAAUAAAAAAUGCAAAAACAUUGUAAAAUUGUGUUUGUGUGUGCGUGUUACUGAAUAGAACAUCCUUUUCUUCUUACACUGGUUAGUAUUUCCUGAUCAGUGCUAGUCAAAUCAUCUGGUAAUGAUAUUAUCCAUGGUUGCAUUGGCUGGGCAGUGGACACAUUAAAUGAACUGGUUAAAAAACAUUCACCAAUUCACCUGUGAAGCAUUUAUUAAGAAGUUGCUAAUAUUAGAAACCUGUAUAUAAAUGUUCAGUGUGAUUGAAUGGUCAUUGGGCAUUAUAUACUGUAUAUUGGCAAGUAUUGGAUGAAAGUUGCCCUUUUUUAUGCAUGUUGCUAAAACUGCCUAUAAAUGAUUUAUAUGCAUUUCUGAAUGGCUUGUUAGUCAUUAAUAAACCCCUUUAUAAACCUUAACAAAGGAAACAUUAA